ACGUUAUUGUGCAAAUUUAUGUUUCCGUGCCACUUACCUAAAUCUUACAGCAUCAAGAGGAAGCUGGAGGAGUGGCCAUGGAAACCACAGCCUGUAAUAUGAGCUGAAGCAAAAGUGAAAGUAUCUCAGAGCACCUAUAUUUAUCUCAAAGCUCAAAACAACAGCAGAUUAAAGAUGGAGAACUACCAGUACGAUGUGUUUUUUGAGGCAAAGAGUCUGUCAGAUGAGGAACUUAGACAAAUACAACUAUACUUUAAAAUUAAGAGAAGGUCUGGAGGAGGAGACUGUGAGAUCUACAAAGUUGGUAACAACACCUACAAGAUAAGUUUUAUGAACAAAAAUGCCCAGGAAAGAGUACUACAACGAAGGGAUCACGUCAUCAAAACAGGAGGACAAGAGGAAAUCCAUGUUUCAUUAACACAUGAAAAUGUUGUUGAAAGCAGCAAACAACCUACAGCAUCUGCAAAUCAGAAAUGUGCAAGUGCUAAAAGUGUGGAAAAGGUUUUUAAACUGGAUCAUUAUCUACUACGCUUCCUCAGUGAAUGUAAAAAGGCAUAUUCAGACUUAGAGAAACAACUCUCUGCUAUCUCUAGCACCUUCGAGAUAAAAAUUGAGUCUGAAGAGUUGGUAGUGGUGAGGGACCCAGUAGAUGAAGACAUUUUUCCCCUGAAGAAAUGGGAAUUUGCGGUGAACCAAGUGUUUGAGACUCUAAACUCACGCUAUACCAUCCACUUUGAGGUUGAAAAAGACAAAUCUGCAAUUCUGGAAGAAAAUUCUUUCCUUGAAAGUGACCACUUAAAAAUCUUUUAUGAGGAACUGACAUAUUUAGCUGUGGUGGUUGGAGAACAAAAACAAGUGGAGAAGAUUUUAAAAUUUGUAAGCGGCUUGCAGGACAAACAACAGAUUCAACAAGAGUGUUGCGUAUCUGAGAAGCAAUUUGACCUCAUCAAAGUGCAGUUUGAGACAUACGUAAAGUCUAAUUUACCUGCUCUUAAGAUCACACAGGAACGUGCAGGUGUUCUUCUUCUGAAGGGCCCUGAGAAAGAGGUCCAUGCAGGUGAAAUGGAGCUUUUAAAAUUAGCACAAGGAAUCAAAGAGAAGAGGAUCCCAUCACAUCAUGCUCUAAAGACCUUUUUGGAAUCAAGUGGCAGUAUACAGCACUUCCAAAACCGAUUUCAGCAGAGACUCUGUAGCCCGGUUAUGCUUGAGACUUCAGGUUCAGAUCUUCUUCUCUUGAGUCUGUCUGAUGGAGCUCUAGAGGAGGCGGCCACUGCCAUGGAGAGAGACGUGUGUUUCGAGAUUGUGCACCUGGAAAACACUCAGAAAUCAUCUGCGUUUACUAAACUGAAAGACGAUUUGAGUGAAGCCGUCAAGCAGGCCAAUCGUGAAUGUGUUAAAGUGGAGCUUAAAUACCAGGAUGAAUCAAGUUCUGAUGCCAAAGUGCAACUGGUGGGCUACACUACUGAAGUUAAUACGCUGAAGAACAUUGUGCUGCAAUACAAAAGAAACCAUCAGAACCAUCAUGCCACCCUGCUUCUUCCCAGGCCAGAAAUGGCAGAGCACUUCUCUGAGAUCUUAUCAGUGGCCAGUGUGAACAAGGGCAGUGUGGAAAUGAGGCCAACAUGUUUGCCUUCCCCAUGCGUCCACCUCACAGGACCUCGCUGUGAAGUUGAGGGUUUGAAGGACAGCCUUGAGUCAUGCCUUCAGAGGCUUGUUACUAAACGUUGUGAGGUGCAAGGACCUGGAGUUCAACAAUUUUUUCAAGGUGAAGGCACAAGGACCUUGCAGUUACUAAAGAAUUUAAAUGUUGGAAUACUGCCUAUUCAUGAUAAGCAGAGAAGAGAUAAAAUGCCCAAGUACACAAGCAGUAUCAGUCUCCAGAGCUUACCAUUUACUGCAUCUGCAUCUGCAUCUUCUCAAGACUCUCUGGACUUUGACAAAGAGAUACACAUUAAAGUUGUGGUUGGAAGUCUUGAACAACAGCAGGCAGAAGUGUUUGUUGCUCCGAUGAUCCAAACAAACAUGACCUCAACCCUGAUUGGAUCAUCCCUGUUGAAUAAAGGAGGACAGCAGCUUCAAAAUAACUUCAACAAUGCCAAGGGAAAUCACACUCUUAAGCCUGGAGAAGUGCUGGAGGUGAAUGCAACACCAGCGUUGGGAUGCUCCAAGGUUUUCUUCAUAGAAUGUGCGCCAAAAGGAAAUAAGCUCAUCAGCGAAAAAGCGCUUCGCUCUGGACUUGGCCGAGUUUUUGAGCUAUGUGAGCAAAACUCUUGGGGUUCGGUUGCAUUGCCAAUAAUUGGACCCGGCAUAGUGCUGGCAAUACCGGUCAAAGAUGCCGUUAAUAUUCUUACUCAUGAGAUCUGUGAAUUUUUAUCUGGAGCCACUGGUCACUUACACACCAUUUGUAUCGCAGUAAUGCCUAAUUACAUUCAUUCUGAGGAGAUGUUCCAGACAGUCUGUGGGAAUCUGAGUGCAAAAAUGGUGGACAGUACAGGGCAAGCUCUGUUUCAGUCACUGACCUCUGACCUUGAUGAGAUCAUCAUGAUAGUAAAUGGGAUUGAAGUCCAUCUAGUGUUUGGAGACAUCACUAAUGAGACUACUGAUGCUAUCGUGAACACCACUGACUUCAAGGACUUCCAGACAGCUGGAGUGUGUAAGGACAUCCUUACUAAGGCAGGCCCUCAAAUCCAGGCUCAACUAACAGGGGCUCAGGUAGCAAGCGGGCAGAUCUUUACGACCCUGCCAGGAGGCUUUCCAUGUAAGAUCAUCAUGCAUGUUUGUGGAGAGAGAAAGCCUGAUGUUAUCAAGACCCUGGCAAAAGAAAUAGUGGUUCAAUGUGAGCAGGGCUGCUACAGGUCUGUGGCCAUUCCUGCGAUCUGCGCUGGACAAGGAGGUUUGGAUGCAAAUGUGGUGGCCAAAUCCAUUUUGGAGGGAGUAAAGGAAGGUAUACAAGGAGUGACUCUUCAACAUCUUAGAACGAUUCGGAUCAUUCUGCUGAAGAUUAACGUUUUCCUGGCAUUCAAAGCGACUGCAAAGCCAAUUUUUGGUGGUAAUACACAGUUAACAGCUCCUGCACCACUUGUACCUACCAGUGUAACCACCAGAGGGCGCAGUGCAACCACUAGCAGACAGAGUGGAUCAACUAGAUCAAGCAGAUCAAAUUCCUUACCCUUACCAGUCGCUUUGGAUUUGAGCUCUCUAGUGACAUCUUUGCCUGACACAGAGAGCAGAGCAGAAUUUCUAGUCAUUGGUCACACCAAUAAUGACGUUUCUGGUGCCUGCAGAGAACUUCAGAAGGCAUAUGAGGACCAGUGCUCCACACACACAGUCUUUCCUGACGAGAUUGAACGCCUCACUCAAUUUGAGUUGAACCAGCUGCUCUCUAAAGUGAAUUCACUGCACCUGGAGAUAAAAAAGAGCAGUUCUGACGGAUGGGUAGUAAAAGGGCUGAAGGAUGGAGUAAAUCAGGUGGUCAGACUGAUACAAGACGCACUUCGCAGACAGGUAAGAGAGAAAGACCAGGCCUUUCUCUUCAGUCAAGUCACCUGGUGCAUUCUGGGACCACGGGGCGUUUGGCAGAAGGUACCACAAGACAUGAAUUAUAAGCUUGAGAAAGGAGAGGUGCAAGAUGGAAUUGUGGAUGCACAGGGUGUGCAAUGGAUUGUGAAUUUGAGAAAUAUGGAGGCCACAUCACGUAAUUCAAGAAAGGUGACCACUCUCAAACGACUGGAGAACCCUUCAGAUUUCUCUUUGCCCAUCUACUGGGACAACAUGGGUCAAAGUGACUCAUUAAAGGUGAUUGUCUUAGAUCCAUCAUCUGCAGAGUACCAGACUGUGAAGAUGGGCUUCAAGACAACUGUCAAAAAAACAGUCCUCAAGAUUGAACGCAUCCAGAACAUCAAUCUUCGACGGUUAUAUGAGGGGCGUAAAAUAGAGCUGGAGAACAAAAAUGAUCCCAGUGUAGGAGCAAGAGAGAAGAUCCUAUAUCACGGCACAUCAAAGGAUUCCUGCUCAUCCAUCAUGAAGACAAACUUUAAUCGCAAUUUUUCUGGGCAAAAUGCCACUGUCUAUGGUCAUGGGACAUACUUCGCUGUGAAUGCCAGCUACUCUGCCCAAACUAUGUAUGCGGUUCCUGCAGCAGAUGGGACUCAGCUUAUGUUUGUGGCUCGUGUUCUUACGGGUCAUUACGCUCAGGGUCAGGCAGACAUGAGGACGCCCCCUGUUCGUGUGGCACCUGACCUCUAUGACAGCGUGGUGGAUGAUGAGGUGAAUCCCUCUAUGUUUGUGGUUUUCCACGACUGCCAGGCUUAUCCAGAAUACCUCAUCACAUUCAAAUGAACUUCAACAAACACCAACCCUGACUUGAGAUCUAGAUGAUUUAUUAAGAGUAAUUAGUUGAUUUUACAUGUAAACAUAAUCAUUUAGUGUUUGAUUUAGUUGCCACAUACCUUUUUAUGCCUUAUGACACAACUAACUAGUACGCAGUGGAUAUGAGUGUUUUAGUGACCAAUAUAAACAUGGUAGCAGAAAAUGUGCAAUAUCAAUUAACAGAGCUGUCUGUAGAUUAAAGAACAGUGAAAUACUGUGAGUUGCAUGCAAUUAUAGACAUAUAAAGAUUCAUCUGUCGCUUGUGGUGACAGAAGUGACAUGCAAGUAUGAUAUUUAGCUUCAGGGCGAUUGAUUCAUCACUCCAGGAUAAAAAUAGGGGCUUUGAAUUGUUUUGGAUGUAUUCCAACUCUUCCUUCACACAUCCCAUGUCCGCUUCAGGCUCCUCGCUAUCAUAAAGAAAACAUUUGAUGUUGUUUUAGAUGAAACAUACGAGUUUGACAAUUUGCAGACACAGCAAUGCAGUUAUUUCAAACACCAAUCACAAGUACUUCAGGGAAACUUAUAAACCCACAAAAACUGUCUAUACUGUAUCAAAAACAGUUGUUCUUUUCUUGUAUUAUUUGUCUUAAUUUCUAAAUCCAUCUAAAGCCCAUUUAUAAAAUCCAUUCAAAAUUCAUCAACAGAUGUUGUUGUGAUGUUUGCGUAAUGAAUUAUGAUUGGUUUUUGGUUUCCUGUCCCCAUCACUUGUUAAUAUACGCACACUUGCUAACAAUAAAAAGAUGUUAAAGAGAAGACUGAAUGGGUUGAGGUGUUAAAAAAGUAGCUCCUACCAAAGUGAUAAUUCUGUCAUAUUCACUCACCAUUGUUCAUUUCUGUUAGUCAAGCACCAUUA